AUGGCCAGAAAAAACACAUGCUUGGGUGUCCAUGCAGCUCUAACUGUGACAUUAAUUCUCCUCACCACCAUUAUAGCGGGGGCAGAUGAUGAAACACUGGUUGUUACUGACCACCCCCAAGUCAACACGUGGUUCAAUAACAAUGUCAAUCCAUACAAAGAACGGCAGGGCACGCUUGACCCUGCCCUUGUAACGGCUGAGGUUGGUCAAACCGUCGUCAAGGUUAUGAAAGAUAGAAGUGGAGAAUUCAAGACCAUCACUGGCGCUGUUAAUAGCAUUCCGGUCGACAACACCAAACGUGUCAUUGUGUACAUUGGAGGGGGAGAGUACAAUGAGAAAAUCACAAUUCCACGGAAUAAAUCAUUUGUUACAUUUUAUGGCUCUCCAACAAAUAUACCAACUUUGACCUUUGCUGGCACAGCCCAAAAGUAUGGAACUGUGGACAGUGCCACAGUGAUUGCCGAAUCCGACUACUUUGUGGCAGCUAACCUAAUUAUUAAGAACUCUUCGCCAAAGCCAGAUGGGAAAAGAGUGGGAGAACAGGCAUUGGCAUUGAGAGUGUCGGGGAACAAGUCAGCCUUGUUCAAUUGCAGGCUGAUUGGUUUCCAAGACACACUUUGUGAUGACAAGGGCAAUCAUUUUUUCCAGGACUGCUUUAUUGAAGGCACUGUGGAUUUCAUCUUUGGAAGUGGAAAGUCUCUCUAUUUAAAUACUGAGUUACAUGUGCUGGGGAAUAAUGAAAUGACAGUGAUAAUAGCACAAGCAAGGAACUCAGCUUCAGAAGAUACUGGAUACUCAUUUGUCCACUGCAACAUAACUGGGACUGGAAAUGGCACGUAUUUGGGCAGGGCUUGGAGGACUAGUCCCAGGGUGGUCUUUGCCUACACCAGCAUGUCUGAGGUCAUCACCCCAGCCGACUGGAACAACAAGAACCGCCCCAAACGUGACAGAACCGUGUUCUAUGGAGAAUACAAGUGUUCGGGUCCAGCUUCAAGUAUGGUUGGGAGAGUAAAAUACACCAAACAGCUGAAUGAGGAACAAAUCAAACCUUUCCUCAGCUUGAGCUAUAUUCAAAGUUCCAAAUGGCUGCUUCCUCCUCCAAAUCCAAAAGUGUAG